CAUAGCUGCGAUUGAUUAAAUGUUACGGAGUUAUUAUUAUUAAAGAAUUCCCUAACCUGAAAAAAACUUUUUUUGUCAAAAGUUCAUCAUCUUAGCGUCUAAAAAUAGGAUUCUUGGGGAAAUAUGAGAAUCUGGGGUUUCUUUGUUUCCAUCAUUUUUGUGUUAGAAAGAAUGGGAAAAUGCCCAUGAUUGCCAGGCUAGGGUUCUUGGUAGCUGCUUCAGUUGCAUUCUAUGCAGUUAAGCAGCUUAAUCUCAAAACCCAAAGACAUUCAAAGCCUUCAUCAAGUGUUCUAUGCUAUGUCAUUUGAAACUGAGAUUAUAUGUUCUUUGAUAGGUUCAGCUUUGUCUCUAUUUGUUUAUGUCAUUGUUCCGACUGGAUUCUGCAGGAGAUAGUGGAACAAACACUUGGAAUGAAGAGGAAGAGAAAAAGCCGAUUGCAUGUUCUAGGAAUGGCCUCGAAGAGGGUGCAGAGAAAGAAGAGGUUAAACUAAUAAACGGGAUUUGCAAUCUCCCAUUGAGGAAACCACUGAAUAAAGAAGACCUUUUACUUUAAUUCGAAGAUGGACUUUCCAUUGCCCGGUAAUAUUUAUGAUGCAGAGAAUGCAAAGAAAGAUCAAAAUGAGAUAGAACAGUUAAGAAACCUUGUCAAAGAGCUUGAGGAGAGAGAAGUGAAGCUUAAAGCAGAACUGUUGGAAUAUUAUGGGUUGAAGGAGCAAGAAUCGAACAUUCUUGAGUUACAAAAACAGCUCAAAGUUAAGGCAGUGGAGAUUGACGUGCUCAAUAUUACCAUAGACAGAUUGCAGGAUGAGAAGAAAAGGCUUUAAGAGGAGGUUUCUAAGUCCUCUUUUGCUAAAAAAGAGUUAGAGGAGGCAAGGAACAAAAUAAAGGAGAUACAGAAGCAGAUUCAGGUUGAGGCAAACAGAACAAAAGAACAAUUAUUGUUGCUUAAGCAGCAAGUUAGUGUACUUCAAGUAGAGGAACGAGAAGCCUUGAAAGGGGGUGCUGAGAUGGAGAAGAUGGUUAAAGUUCUAAAGGAGUUGGAGGUGGAAGUUAUGGAGCUUAAGAGGAAGAACAAAGAGCUUCAAAUUGAGAAGAGAGAAAUGGCGAUGAAGCUAGAUGCUGCUGAAGCCAAAAUGAAAUCCCUCCCCAACAUGAAAGAGGGUGAAGUGGUUUCUAGCAUUAGGGAGGAGGUAGCAGCAUUGAGGCAUAAAAAUGAGGAUCUUCACAAACAAGUUGAAGGACUGCAGAUGAACAGAUUCAAUGAAGUUGAAGAAUUAGUGUAUCUUCGUUGGUUGAAUGCAUGCUUACAGUAUGAACUUUGGAACUAUCAAACACCCACUGGCAAAAUAUCAGCUUGUGACCUUAACAAAAGUUUGAGUCCAAAUUCUCAGGAGAGAGCCAAGCAGAUGUUAUUAGAUUACGAAACUAACUUUUCAUUCCCGUCUUCUCCUGGAAGUGAA